GGGGCGCUCUCCCCCUCCCUCCCGACUGAGGGGUGUGUGCAGAUGUGGUCCAUUCCGGCCGGCGGCGCGCGGCGAGUGGCUCUCCCUCCUCCCCUUUAAGGGCCUUCGCCUUGGAUUUUUUGCCCUCCGUCCGGCAGGCUCUGAGGGGGCCGUUGAGGUGAUCCGGGGGCGGCGUUGGGACGGCGGCGAGGAUGUCCGGAGGCUGGGGCCGGGAGAUGAUGGACUACGGAGGCGGGGGAGGAGGCCCCGGGGUGUCCGGCGGAGGCCGCGGAGGCGGCGGGAUGGGAAACGGCGACGGGCGCAUUUACGUGGGCAACCUUCCGGCCGACGUGCGCGAGAAGGACCUGGAGGAGCUCUUCUACAAGUACGGCCGCAUCCGGGACAUCGAGCUCAAGAGCAAGCGCGGCCUAGUGCCCUUCGCCUUCGUGCGCUUCGAGGACCCGCGAGAUGCGGAGGAUGCAGUUUAUGGGAGGAAUGGUUACGAUUAUGGCCAGUGCCGCCUGCGUGUUGAGUUCCCCAAGCCUUCCCGAGGCCGGGGUGGUUUUGGUGGGGGGCCUCGUGGGAGGAAUGGCCCUCCGUCACGGCGCUCCGAAUUCCGAGUCCUGGUUUCAGGGCUUCCUCCAUCAGGCAGCUGGCAGGACCUGAAAGAUCACAUGCGCGAAGCUGGUGAUGUAUGUUAUGCCGAUGUACAGAAAGAUGGCAUGGGGGUGGUUGAGUUUCUCCGCAAGGAAGACAUGGAAUACGCACUGCGUAAACUGGAUGACACCAAAUUCCGCUCUCAUGAGGGUGAGACGUCCUAUAUCAGAGUUUGUCCUGAACGAAGCAUCAGCUAUGGCUACUCGCGCUCCCGUUCUGGUUCGAGGAGUCGCGAUUCUCCCUACCAAAGCAGGGGAUCACCACGCUACUCUUCUCCCUUCAGGCCCUUCUGAGUUACCCAACAGGGACUUCUUCAAAUGUGAACUGAGCUCUUUAUUUCUGCUCAGAGUUUACAUUCCAGAAUGGAUGGAUAUAGUCUUUCGUAGGAAGCCUUGUUUUUUCCCCCCUUUCUAUUCAAAUAAAAUCUUUUUUUAUGACUUAACCGUUUUUAAUAGGGAAGUGUUGGUAAUGGAUCCUAUCAACCAUUGCCACUUUACACUUUUGGUUUGGAAAAUGUACAUUGUUUUUUUGUUUCUCCUUCUGAAUGCUGUGAGGUGAGCUUGAGAGCUAGUGUGCAGGCAUGGCUUGUCUGCAGGAAGGUGCUUUCAAACAGUGGGGAACCUGUAUGGCUCAACCUGUGUUGGUGUCCUGAAAUAUGCUUCAAUGUUUCUGUAACUCAAAUGUGGGGGGCUGUCUUUCUGUGUAGCGUUUGGGAACCUGGUGUGAACAGCUGGACCUGGAUUUUAAACUGCUUGCUAUUACUGGGGAAAGAAGCCCUUUAACCUUUUGUGUGACUGUCGUGGUGGAAACACAGAAGGAAUUUUAACUCUCAAAAGCCCCAUGCAAUUCUUCAACAACAGUCUAUGUCCAUCAUUUCAUGAGCAAUACCCACGAAAGGUUCGAAUGGCAAUGGGGAAGGAACUGCUGGGAAAGGACUGGCAGAAAUUGGUGGUGGCCUUCUCUGUCUCUUAAAAUUUGUUCUCUUGCAACAUUGGCUCAAGUUCUGCUUCAGUUCUCGCUUGACCUUAUAGUGGAUUUGUAAACUGACGUCCCAGACAUGAAGAAGGGGGUUGCUGAGACUUUCUUAACAACCUGGUUGCAUAGUCCUAAUGGAGCACCAUAUAAGAACUGAGCCGUGGCUUUGGCUUUGAAUAUGGGCAUGGCCGCAGGGACAUGACAGCAUUGAAGAAACGGACGACGACUGACAGGCUAAAGUGCAUGUUUGUGUUGAGCAGUCCAGCUAGUGCUACGUUGGAAGUAUAGUCCUAAGAAUGUGAACUCUUUCAUUUGUUCCCAAGCGUUGCCCUCAAUGUCCAAUAAAAUUUCUACCAUACAUUUUGGAUUUUGCGAACUUGAUAGUAGGUUUAUGUCGGGGGCAAGAAUCCUGUUGGUGACUUGCUGGUGUAAAACCAGUUAGGCCAAGGUAAAGACUUUUCAAGGGGCAUGCUAUGGCUUUUAUUGUAUAGCCAAGGACCAAAGAGCAGUCUCGGGCCAACAGCAUAGCUACUCUAGUGGCCAAGUAGCAUUGUAGCCACAAAUCUCUACAUAUUUUUCUUCCAGGCCAGCUAGGCUGAAAGCUUCCCCCGAGUCUGUCAGGUCAAGGAAGGGCAGUUUCCAACACACAGUCGUCUUCCGCCGCCCAUUCCACAAGAGCUCCUUAGAAAAAAAAGCCCACAGUCACUUUUCAAUCACAAAAGGCCGGAAGCCAUCUCCUCCCACCUCAAUUGCUGUAUUUCUCUGCCAAAGUGGGUGAGACAGACAAUGGCUCAGAUCAGAACAGAAACCAAUCUGUUCCAUUGUCAAAUGGCUUUCUGCCCACGCUAGCAUUGCCUGGUGUUUUAUACCCUUUAGAAAUAAACUUCCAGCAUUAUUGGGUCUUCCUUUUUAAAAGGUGAGCACUGUUUUUGCCUUGGUCCCUGAUUUGGGGGCUCCCUGCUUUACCUCUAAGAGCAGUUAGGAGAAAGCCAUCAUUCCAAAUGCCUUUUUAAGAAAAUCAUUUGGUGGAAUCUAUCCGAGCCUUGUGUCUCCUUGAGCUGAGAUAUUUUUUGAAAAUGACUUACAUUCAUAAAGGGCCACUCUGGCAAAUAGAAGGAUGCAGCAUCUGUGGGAUCAGAGUUGGCAUUGGAAGAGUCCUAGAUAUGUUUGUAAAAGACUCCUAUCUACGGGCAGGGCCUAGGCAGUCAAGAGGUCCAUCUGCUGUGAGGACCAAACGUCUGAUAAUAAGCCUUUACCCAAAGGUGCAUCUUUUACUUUAAUCUCAUUUCAACUGAGGGAAGGAGUGGGUCAUAAUUACUAGAAUUAUGCCUUGAGAUGAAAAUCCCCCAACCCGCUCCUCACUUCAGGGCUUUUCUAGCCACCAACAGGAUUCUGCCCAUUGUGUUUUAGUGUGUACCCAAAAGCUGUUUUGCUCUCCUGUUAAGGCUGCAAACGUUUGGAUGCAAGCGUUAUUGAUGUCAGUGGGACUUCUGUGCAAAUGUACACAUUGGACCAGGCUGCAUGUGUUGUACCUAAAGUUUAAUAAAAUGGAGGAAAUGGC